AUGGUUAGACAGUUGAAACACCAUGAGAAGAAGUUGUUGAAGAAAGUAGAUUUCCUUGAUUGGAAACAAGAUCAAGGUCAUAGAGAUACUCAGGUCAUGAGAACUUAUCACAUACAGAAUAGAGAAGAUUAUCAUAAGUAUAAUAAGAUUUGUGGUGAUAUCAGAAAGAUAGCCAAUAAAUUAUCAUUAUUAUCACCAACAGAUCCUGUUAGAGUCAAACAAGAACAGUUAUUGUUGGAAAAAUUAUACAAUAUAGGAAUUUUAUCCACCAAAUCCAAAAUAUCUGAUUUAGAGAAUAAAGUUACUGUAAGUGCUUUCUGUAGAAGAAGAAUUGGUGUAGUUAUGUGCAGAUUAAAAAUGGCAGAAACAUUAAAAGAUGCUGUUACUUUCGUUGAACAAGGCCAUGUAAGAGUUGGACCAAAUAUCAUUACUGAUCCAGCAUUCUUAAUUACUAGAAAUUUAGAAGAUUAUCUUACUUGGGUUGAUACUUCCAAGAUUAAAAGGAAUGUUCUUAAAUAUAAGAACAAAAUUGAUGAUUAUGAUUUAACUUAA